AUGAUUACGAGUGACUUGAAACCAUCGCCAGCAUCAACAAUCUACGAAGACGCGCAAGAACAUCCUCUGGAGAACACUGCGACGACGACAAACGACGCAACAAGGCCAAUUUUGGCACCACUUGCGACGAGCGCAGACGCUCCACCGUCUAUUCUCGGCUCACAUACGUCUCCUUCUAUUCACAAUGUACACGAAGGCACUCAAGCGACGCUCAACACGCUGCACGACUCGCCGGUAGCUGACGUAGGACCCAACGCCCACGGCAAAAAGGCAAACGAAACGGUCCAAGAAAACACAUCGAAGAAUAUGAAUAAUAUUACGCAACCAAAUGACCUAAUCACGUUGACACCGCUGCGAGCGCACUAUCUUAAGAAAUCGCUCGUCACGCUCCAGUUCUCCAAGGAACUGCUUGGCUUUACGGAUAUGGAUCCGUCGAUCCCUACACUCUCCCCAUUGUCAUAUCUAGGCCCACCGUUUACACCUCCACCACGUAAUGCAGCCCGACAUGAUGUCCCAUUCCUGCGCUUCAUGUUCCGCCAAUUCGUCCUCACGUUCCCCUUUAUCACCUCUGCACCAAAGGACUUCUUUCCCAGCAAAGUUCAGCCAUUUGUUGGAUCUUUGAUGGCGCGCAAUUUGAGCACGACGGAUGAUGUGCUCGGGAUGGACGAUCCAAACUUCCAAGGAGAGGAUCCCGAGGUGCGCUCGCGGCAGAAGAUUGUCGCCAAAGCGGAAAAGUACUUUUCGCUCAUCGUCGGAUCGGCGAUCAAGUUGGUUGAGCAAGAGGAGGUCGUACGUCUAUCCCAGAGGGAUCUGGACCGUCUGGAGAUCUUGGCGAGAAAGCGGAAUGCGCGUAUGAAAUAUGCGCGUGAUGCGUUUGAUGUCAAUAUUAUAUGCGUGCGUACUGUGGUGGAAAAGGGUCGUAUGCGCAGUCGUGUGCAUGAAGAGUUUAUCAUUCGUACGCGUAGAACGGGUUGGGCGGAUACGCUCGUCUCUAGACGUUAUGGAGAUUUUAAGACAUUGGCAGAAGAGCUUCGCAAGGCGUUCCCAGAGUUUGAGAUUCGUGGACCGCCGCCCAAGGACCGUAGGACUGUGGCCAUUGCGCCUCAACAGCAGCAGCAACAACCCAACUCGAUACCAGGAGCUAAUAUGGCAUCUCUCAAUCCAUACGACACGCUUACUCGCUCGGAUACCAUGGCUUCAAGUACAGAUGACCUAACGAAUGGAGGCGCGCGUCCAUCCGCUUCGAGCGUCACCGAGUCUUCUUUAGCACGUGAAAAGAACCGUGUGACGCUUCGCUCGUACUUGCAUGGUCUAUUGUCAUCUCAGCAUGUUGCGAAUUCGCCCGUCCUCAAAUCGUUUUUGCUCUCGGAUCCAACGGAGCUUACUCCCGAGGAAGUAGAGGAUGCACGUAGGCGUGAAGACGCUGAUAGGAUUAGAGAGGAGGGACGUAAAAAGUUUGCGAGCGAGGUUGCGGCCAGGGUGGAUGGUCUUCGCGACGCUGUUAGGAGUGUGAAGAGUGAUAUGAUGGGAAAGAAUGGACUUGUCAACAUCUUCUCGACCGUCAAGAAUACGCCACUCGCCAAAGACUUGCCACCGAAUUAUCGUGCUGUCCUCGAGUGGGGUCGGAUUACUCUGGCCUCGACUAUCUUUCAAAGCUUUGUCGCAUCCGACGAUGCCUCUGGGACGCUUGCUGCUCUAAAACGAUUCCACGGUCUGAUGCCCUAUUUUAUGCUCAAGGGAAUAUUGAAGAUUAGCAAUCCCAUGGCCAUGAUACGUGGAGUUAUGGAUCUCUUUAUGGCUCAGCCUUUUGGAGGCAAGAGUCUCCUCCAGCGAAUGUUCACGAGCUCGCUCUUUGAAGAGUCUCGAGCCCUCCAAGAGGAUAUCGCUGCUGUUGCCGAGAGAGUGGGCGAUCCGGCAUUGUGCGAGAAAGUGCGCCUGUUCAUCUAUGCGCCAAAGGAGAUUCAAAACAUCUAUCGCAUGGACUCAUCUUUGGAGAAUAUCAACCUUCUUGUGGCUAUCCUACGCUCGAGCGAUCCGCCGCUCCUUAAUCGUCCUCAGAUGCACCGCGUGAUCCGCGCUGCACGAGCACACGCAGAUUACAUGCGCUACCGCGAGACACUCCAAGAUUCGGACGACGAUGAUGGACCCGAGAAUGAGGAUGCGUGGCUAUUCGAGGACCUGAAUAUCCUUGCCAAGCUCUACUCGCGUCUCCGCGACAAAGAGCAACUGAUCGACCUCAUUUUCGAGGGGACGACUUCGGAUUUGCUGAGGGACAUGUUUGCCAUAUUCUACACCCCUCUUGCCCAAGUUUACAAAGCGGCAAGCAUCGCAGACUCGCUGGGGGACCUUCAGAAUUUCAUCACCGAUCUCAUUCGGACGAUUGAGUCUUGCGAAACCUUGAGCCAGGACGAUCCGCAUCAGACGGUCCAAAUGUUCAUCAAUCUCGUCGAACGCCACGAACAGGCGUUUUAUAGUUUUGUCCACAAAGUGCAGUCAAAAGGCGAGGGUCUGUUUGACUCGCUCAUGCACUGGAUCGAAUUGUUCCUCUCCCUCACACGUGAUGGAUUUGGACAGGCCACCAGUUUGGAGUUUAUUCUUCCCCACACUGGCAAAGAGCGCGAAGAGAUCAUCAAGGAAGUGGACGAUGUCGCGCUCUAUUACUACAAGAUGAAGCUCUUCUACGAAGAAAAGCUUCGUCGUCGGUUCGGAAGAGCUCAAGCAAGAGCGGACGCCGACGCAGAUGACGCUGCGGCGCAAGAAUUGAUCGACGGUGUUGUCAAAGAACUCAGCUUUGGCGAGCUAGUCAAAGGCGAUGCGAAUGACAUCGCUGCCGAGGACAGCGAGGACGAGUCGGCAGAGGAUGAUGAAGAGUACACGAGUAGCAGUAGCGAGGACAGCGAAGAUGAGACGACGUCAAGUAGCUCUCCGACCCCAACACCCAAGCCGAGUACACCGACAGACGGUGCUGAUACAAGUAGAGCGCGUAGUCCGAUCAAGACGCCGCACCCUCAUGUUGCGGCUAGCUCACCCUCACGAGCUCGCUCUCGUCCAAGUGAUACUCGGAAUAGACCGCUUUAUGCCGUAGCCCAAACGGGACACAACACGCCAGCCGCUACACCUCCUACGGCGGACCCACCCGUACGACCACGCCUUCGUCCAUCCAAGUCGUUCUCUGGAUCUUCGACAUCGACACCAACGCUUGCCAACAAGCCAGGGGAGAAAGCGUUGCCUCCCAUGCCACGUUCUGCUGGGAUCAAUACACAAAUGCGGCCGACGCCACCUCCUUCACUUGGAUUAGGAGGAGGUUUAGCUUCCACUCGUGGUAAUGGAAAUGCUGGUGGACAUUCACGCGGCCCGUCUACGUCGAGUAACAAUAAGAGACGACGAAGAAAAGGCGGCCCAGCGUCCAUUGAGCACCCGGAGCUGACGCAUAUUCCAAAGCUCUUGCCCAUAUUCUUGGAGAUGAUCAAGCCUCUGCUCCGCCCGCAGGCAAUUUAG